AUGAUUCUGAACUUCUUCUUUCUUUUACCCCUGUCAACUUUUGAAAAUGUGAGAGGGGACGGAACAAACUUCAAAAUGUCCAACGCCGUCGCUUCUGUUGCGUCCGCGCCCAGUGUAUCCCGCCCCCUCUCCGCUGACAAGCCGGAGGAGCCGCGGAUGACCAAGCGGCAGAAAAAGAGGGUGUUCGAGCGCGCUCGUAAGCGCUAUAAGGUAAGUUAUUUUUAUGUUCACCUCAUUGAGGGAUCAGAAGAUUACGUUGAUACCAUAACAUCCUCUCGCUGCUGUCUGUCUCCAUGUCUGUUGGCAUGGGUACAUGCGAUUAUUUUCGAGUCCACAGGGUUGUCGGCUCAAAUGCAUCUUCUACACCUUACGUUGGGGGCACAUUUGGGGGCACAUCAGGCAUAG